UGUUUCUUUAAUGUUGCUCACAAGACGCAAAUCACAAGACGUUGAUAAAAAAGUACUUGAUUCAGUUGGAUUAUUUUUCUCUCAGCAAUAUCAAAAUCAGGGCCAACAGCGGUGCCAGACCUCAGCGCCAUGUCGGGCCUCACCAUCCGGAGGUACGAGAACGACGACGACGAGGCCGUGAAGGAGAUCUUCACCAUGGGCAUGAGCGAGCAUGUGCCCUCCUCCUUCGUGCACCUCCUCAAACAGCCCCUGACCCAGAUGAUCCUGAUGGGGACAUUCUGCGCCCUGAUGGCCAGCUCCAAGUCCUUCCUGCUGCCUGUCGUGGCCGUCACACUCCUCCUGGCCGGCGCCAAGCAGCUCAUCGGCUACCUCUUCAGCAGCUACAUCAACGAGUCCCUGAAGAAGGACCUGAACCGCAUCAGGGAGACCUACCUCGAGAGCAAGGACGCGUGUUUCUGGGUGGCCGAGAGUGACGGCCGGGUGGUGGGGACGGUGGGCUGUCUGCCCUGCAAGACACAGCCAGGCUGCAUCGAGCUGAAGCGGCUGUCCGUGCGGCGUAGCCACCGGGGGCUGGGCAUAGCCAAGGCCCUCAGCCGGACGGUGGGGGACUUCACCAGGGAGAGAGGCUUCCCCGCCGUCAUCCUGUAUACGUCCGUAGUGCAGACGGACGCGCAGAAGCUUUACGAGCAUUUGGGCUACAAACGGCUCCGGGAGUUUGUUAUUCCCGAAACCAUCGCCAAACUCACCAACUUCACUGUGAUAGAGUACAGGCUGGACUUAAAUGCGGGGGGGGAGAAGGACGACUGAAACCUCCGGGGGUGACUCAUGCUUGUGAGCAGGCACACAAUAUAACACACACACACAGUGGAAAUAACUAGUCACCUCCAUAAAAUAGCACACUUAGUUACAUUUAAAAUGUGGGAUUAAAAUAGAUUGUUUCAUUUUUGUAUGAUCUCUAAAACCUCUAUAAUUUUCAAGGGAAGGAUCAUUCUGAGAAAAGACAUAUGCUCAUGGAAAAUAACCCAGAUAUACCUUGAUUAUUUUUACCCCCUGAAUUUAUACCCCGAGUCAAUACAUGUCAGAAACAUCUUUGUCAGCGGUUACAUUUGUCUUCUUAGGUAAGUCUGAACUCUUUACACACCUGGCUUAUUUCCCCAUUAUUCGUUCAAAGCCUUAUCUAGGCUUUGUGAAUGUGUCAUGGUGAUCAUGGACAGGUUGAAGUAUUUUUUAAGAAGUUGGCCAAUCAAGCAUUUGCUGUCUUCUUGGAAAGCAUCCAGAGUAAAUAUCAGCCUUGUGUUGUGGUUUCAUACAAAGUUUCCCAUGCUUUGCACUGUCCCAUUUCUUUUAAUCCCGAAAUCCUUUUGGGGAAUUUAAAUUUUUCUAUCCCUCCAUUUGGCGGCUCAUUGCUAACGUUUCAGUGUUGUUUAGGUCACAUUUGAUGAGUUACGAUAGUUUUUUUGUUUUUGUUUAGCAAAUUGUUAAUCCAGCCCAUUUCUUUUCUCAUCACGCCAGCCCAAAGAAUUUAGAAGAAUGUAUUUGUGUUUUUAUAAGCCAUAAUUACACAUUUGAAGAAUUAUGUCUGAUUGUAUUCUUUUAUCCAUCUCCCAAUAAUUUUCCUUGCUUAUAGUUGAAUCUGUGGUAUAUAUUCAUGAGGGACUUUACCAAUGUUGUAUGUUUUGGGGACAGAACAAAAAAAAGCAGAACACACAAAAAAACUGAACAUGAAUCAGUUCCUUAAAACACCACAUUAUAUAAACUGUAGAAAAUCAUAUAAUGGAACUUUAAGUUUCCAAAAACAAAAUCUAAUCUACUUUGGUUUUGUUUCUGCGCUGCGAUACUUAAGUGUUUUGAUAACUUGAUAAAAGAUGCCUGGACACAGAUCACCUAACCAUGAGGGAUUUGCUGCAGAAAAAUGUAUGCAGAAUCAGUCCGUCUAUGUUCAGAUCCAUUUUGCUCGGUACAAGCGAGUGAAAACGGGACAUGCUCUAUUGCUUUUAAUGGGCAUUUUACUAAUUAUUUAUUAAACUAAUUACUGUCAAAAUGUGCUUUCAUAUUGUUUUGACGUUUUCUCUAAAUUAAAGCGUUUUAGAUCUUU